GGCCGUUGAGAGUCCAUGCAGGAAGCUCAGCUGUUGACCAAUGGGAAUUGUGCUUGCUCUCUGGAGGACUGCAGCACACAGUUGGUGGUUGAAGUGUUGCUGAACAGGAAGUUGCAGUGUAAACUUGAGAGAACUUCAACAGACAUGAGGGUCUCUUAUCAGACUCUAGUCUUGCUUUUCUUAGCAGGCUUAUGCUCACUCGAGAGCUAUCCGGUUCACACAUUCUUCAGCAGACCGAUCCCAGGAGCUCUCCAGAACGUCAGUAAGAAUGACACUGGGGUGAAGGAGGCCGUCCUGACUGGAACCGACUCCUUUAAUAAUAAAUCCAAUGAUGCCUUCCUGUUCAGAGCAUCAGCUGUUGAUGACGCAAAGAGACAGAUAGUCAAAGGCAUCCGCUAUAUUCUGGAAGUUGAGAUCUCACGGACCGUGUGCAGGAAGAGGGGCAACACUGAUGACCUCGACCACUGUCCCUUCCAGACAGACCGUCUCUUACAACAGACAUUCUUCUGUCACUUUGAUGUCUGGUCCAUUCCAUGGAUGAAGAAAAUGUCAACAACAGAUUUUGAAUGUCGUUCAAAUGAUAUAUUCUGAAAAUAGUUUUUCACCUGAAAUGUCAUGCUAAUUGAAUCGCAAACUGGAUGUGAAAAUAAAGUGAGCUGCAGUGAA